CCUGGCGAUUACAGGAUUACAGACUGAUUCUGAUCGUUAAAUGCACUAUUUGAAUUUAUCACAACUAUAUAUAGUAGCUUCUACUGCAUUGAUUAGGUCUUGGUGAUCGGACUGAUUCCUAAAUGUGGCUCUCUGUAACCAAGGAACACAUAUACCUGGCGAGUCAAACGCGUACGGCUUUACCGGUUUUUCAUUGCUAAAAUUGUAGGGAUGACGAACAUUGUUGAAAAAAAAUGUAAGGGGCCUUAAGGAAGCUUAUGUGCUUCCUUGUUUAUGCCCAAGGAAUGGCGUGCUGAGAAUUUUUAAAACCACAAGUCUCUGGUAAUAUCUAUAUGUAGAAUAUAAACGUCAUAGUUAUUUGGAUAUUAUAAAUCGUUGAUUAGGUCUACUACAGUACAUCUGUAGCUAACACGAGCUGCAAGAUUUAUAUAUAAUUUUUGAUAGCAGUGUGAGAUACCUGUUGAAAGGAGAAAAUGCACGGCCUGAGGAUUCUAGGAAAUGAGACGAAGGCAUCUCGAGUGCCUUUGAAGGCAGUAGGAGUCGAUGUGACAAUCAAAGGUUUUGUUGCAAAUGUCCAGUCGACCUUAACCUAUGAGAACGAGAAGGAUACUGCUGUGGAGACAGUGUUUGUGUUUCCAGUAGAUGACCAGUCGGCAGUAUACCACUUUGAAGCUGAUAUAGACGGUCGUCACAUUGUUGCAGAGUGCCAAGACAAAACACAGGCAAGAGAAACAUACAAAGAUGCCUUAGAAACUGGUCAUACGGCCAUGCUGCUUUCCGAGUCGGACACGGCUGGAGACACAUUUGAGUGUAAGCUCGGCAACUUACCACCUCACAAAGUUGCCAUGCUAACAUUUUCCUAUGUCACUGAGCUGACGGUUGACAGUGAUGGGGUCACGACCUUUACAUUACCAACUGUCCUCAACCCAAGAUACACACCUGCUGGUUUUGAAGUACCUGCUCCCUCCUCGGAUGCCAUCCACUACACAGACAUUCCAUAUCAAAUGAGAUUUGUGACAAAAGUGGAAGGUCAGCAUUUGAUAAAAAAUAUUGUGCCCAAGAAGGAAACCAUGAAAGUGGACAUUUCUGAGGACAAAAAGUCAGCAAAUAUAACCGUUGAUGAUGCGGUCAAGUUCAAAUUUGACCAUGACCUUGCUCUGACCUUGGAGUAUGAAGAUGUUUUUAAGCCAACGGUUAUAUUGGAGAAGGGCAGAGAGGACAAAGAUGGAUUCCUGAAGAGUGAUGUUGUAAUGGUGGACUUCCUGCCAGAUUUAAGAUCAGUUCCUGAAAUGACAGUUUCAGAGUUUAUCUUCGUCAUUGACUGCUCAGAAAGCAUGAGAGGAGAGCGGAUCGCAAAGGCCAAAGAAACAGUUCUACUACUACUUAAAAGUCUACCUGUAGGCUGCUCCUUUAACUUGGUAGCCUUUGGGAGCUCAUUCAACUGGUGGUUUCCAAGUUCCAAGAAAUAUGGUGAAGAAAGUUUAAAGGAAGCUCUUAUACUACAGAAAGCAUUGGAUGCAAAUUUGGGUGGGACAGAAAUACUGCAGCCCCUUAAAUCCUUGUAUGCCCAGAAAACUGACACAUUUCGACAGGUGUUCCUGCUGACAGAUGGAGAAGUAUCCAAUACGAGUGAAGUAAUUAAACUUGCCAGGGAAAAUGCCUUAACUACCAGAAUUUUCACCUUUGGCAUUGGUUCUGGAGCAUCCACAUCUCUCACAAGGAAUGUUGCUAAGGUUACCAAUGGCUUAGCGACUUUUGUUAAAGACAAUGAAAAGCUACAGAACAAGGUCAUGGCUGUACUCAAAUGUGCCAUGCAGCAGCCCAUAACAAACCUAAAGCUGGAGUGGACUCUUCCACCAGGCUGUAAUGCCAUUAACAUCCCAAGGCAGGUUCCACCUGUGUUCAAGGGAGGGAAGGUUAUUGCCUAUGCACUGGUCCAGGGAGAGGAAAAUCUCACAGAGGUUCAAUCUGACGAGUCAUUUCCAGUCCACCGCCUUGCAGCAAAGGCCCAGAUCAAAGACUAUGAGAUAAACACUACAGGAAGGUGUCAAAAUGGCUACUCCGAAAGUGUGACGAUCAACGAGGAUAUUGUCACCACUGAACAAACAACACAGAGUGAUGUUAUUGAGGAAAUGAAAAACAAAAUGGAUAACAAAUCGGAAGACUCUGAGUCGGACAGCGAUAGUGAUACCGGGAUUGAAUUGAAAAUUCCUACUCUCGUAGAGUUCGUGGACAGUGUUGACAAAAUAAAAAUGUUCGUAGAGUCACGCGAGAAUGUCGAUGAAACAAUGUUUGCGUGUGAUACAAAAGAUGAUAAGAAAGGGGAGAUAACCCUAGUGAGUAUAUCCGCCAAUGUUGUGUGUCAAUAUACAGCAUUUGUUGGAGUGGACAAGGAGAAGAAGGAACUAGUUGAUGGAUGUGGACUUCAAGAGUCUGUAUACCUACAGGAUUGUUAUCUGAAUUGUGUGAGCAGUUCAUCUCUGAUGGCAUGCGAUUCCAAGGUACUGGCAUCCCCUGUCCACAAAUACAAGCUCCUUUUCACAAGUAAGCCCUGUCCACAAAUAAGCCCCUGUCCACAAGUAAGCCCUGUCUACAAAUAUGCCCUGUCCACAAAUAAGCCCCUGUCCACAAAUAAGCCCCUGUCCACAAAUACAAGCUCCUUUUCACAAGACGUUGGACCAAGCUACGGUCUUUACAGUUCGUUAAGCAGUAGCAAAUGCCAGAGACCAAAAUCUGCUGCGGGAUUUUCAACGAGUUUUAGUUUUAGCUCAUUUUUGCCAAAGUUUCUCAUCAGAAGGAAGUCAGCAAAAUCAGCUCCGAAAAAGGAUGUCAACAGGUAUACAGAUGAUUGUCUUCAGUAUACAGAAUGCGCCGCACCAUCGCUGUUAAAGGAGAGGGAGGGAAGUAUGGACAGUGAAGGCUACAGUCAUUCAAGACAAAAAGGAAAAGAGAAAAUGAGGAAUAAUACUGAUGACCAAAAGUCAAACCUGAUGAUGUUGAUAGACCUCCAGAAAUUUGAUGGUAGUUGGUUACUGGAUGAUGGUCUAGCUCAAGUAUUCGGGAUCAGCAAAGAUACCCUAAAAGCAAAAAUUCCUGAUCAUCUUGAGGAGAUGGUGUGGGCUACAGCUUUGAGUGUCGCUUGUUUACGGAAAAAAUACAUGUCUGAGAAGGCGUUAUGGGAGAUGAUAGAGAAGAAGGCACUUUCAUGGCUGUCUUCUCAAAACCUGGCUGGCAAAACCGUCGAGGAACUUCUCACUCUGGCCACAGAUGCACUGACAUCAACUCCGUAAUAAUUAUUUUUUGAGACAUCAAUGGUGGAGACAAAUUAGAUCAAUAAGAAUGAAAAAGACUCUUUCGUCAGUGUUGAUUCUAUGACCAUAUAUCUUAACAAAUGUAAUAGACCUGUCAAUUACAAUAACACUUUAUACAAAACUGAAGUUUGAUGUACUCACUAUAUCAGUACAUGCUUAUAUUUUUGUACAUACAAAUAUGUGGUUGUUGGUUUAUAUCUAAUUUUAUAUUUAUUGUUAGACCUGUCAUGGAUAAUUUGUUAGGCUAGCUGUCAUGGAUGAUUCGUUAGACCAGUCAUGGAUAAUUCAUUAGCUCUGUCAUGGAUAAUUUGUUAGACCUGUCAUGGAUGAUUUGUUAGACCUGUCAUGGAUAAAUUUGUUAGACCUAUCAUGGAUAAUUUGUUGGACCUAUCAUGGAUAAUUCAUUAGCUCUGUCAUGGAUAAAUUUGUUAGACCUAUCAUGGAUAAUUUGUUAGACCUAUCAUGGAUAAUUCAUUAGCUCUGUCAUGGAUAAUUUGUUAGACCUGUCAUGGAUAAUUUGUUAGACCUGUCAUGAAUAAUUUGUUAGACCUGUCAUGGAUGAUUUGUUAGACCUGUCAUGAAUAAUUUGUUAGACCUGUCAUGGAUAAUUUGAUAGACCCUUCAUGGAUAAUUUUUUAGGUCUGUCAUGGAUAAUUCAUUAGCUCUGUCAUGGAUAAUUUUUUUUAACUAGUCAUUGAUAGUUUUAUUGAUCACUCCAGAUUAGACUGUUUUACAUAAAUCAUUUUUAUAACCUUACUUUAAAAGGUUAUAUAUUUAAGAAACAAUUAACGAUGAUUCGUGUAUUGUUGCAGGAUAUACAACGAGGACGAGGAUAUUUUGCAAUUAAAUUAAUAACGAAGGCCGCAUAUAUUGUAUCUACAUUACAACUAUUUCUCAAGAAAAGGGAAAAAUAUUUCAGUAAACCAAUUAGAAUUGUGGGCUUAAGAAAAUUAACUACAUAUCUGACAAAAUAAUGGUAACUAACUGACAAUGCUUUGAAGAGUUUGUAAAAAUGUGUCGGUAUUUAAGGCCAUAUAAAAUAAUGUCACUCAUACCUCCAUGAAUGCCACGUCUUAACAGCAAUUUUUUAUGCAAUAUUGAACUUACCCGAGUAAAUGCUUUGCUGGAGCUUUGACUUAUACUCCGGAUACAUGCUUUAUAUGUUUACACGUAGUUGUGAAAUUAUUAAUACAUGUACAUGUAUCUCAGCUUACUAAAAUAAACAUCAAAGAGUCUUGCGAAUAUGUUGAUAUGAUACUGUGUACACUUACAUUAACAUAUAUUUAUCAGUAUAUAUUACUGUAGACUUGUUCUUUAUAUAUAUAUAUAUGUGUGUUCAUGUCAAAAAACUUAGUAGAUUUGGAAUGAAAGUGAGUGAGCAAGAAAUGUCUGUUAAAUUGUGAAACUGUGGAGAUCACUAUUUUUUAAAAAAAAAAAAGGGGGGGGG